UGUUUCGGCUGAUCCCUCACUGUCAUUCGGCCACGGUCGGCUUCAGGAGAAGGGGGGCAAGCCAAAGCUCACUCACACACAAGGACUCAGGCUGGAUAAAAAUACUGAAGCCAAGCUUAAAAUGAAACCGACCGAAUAAGGCUCGCGACACUUAACGCACCCGAGCGCAUUUGACGAGUUGCCAAGGAAGCCCCUUCGGAUGACACGGUCCACAUUUGAGGCAAAGCGGUGUCAUUGAGCAGGCAGGACACGUCAAGAGAAGGGAGGAGAGAGAGGAAAAAAAGCUGACCGACUGCACUGUACGACUCAAGCUAUUAAAUCGCCUCCACCGGCCUUAAGACAUCCUUUCAAGGACACCAGCCUGCUGUCAAGCCGACGGAAGGUUCCCGACAAAGACAUCGCCGAGGUCGGAGGUGGUGAUCACAAGGACCAAACGAUCACGGGAUACUAUUUGUGUGUGUGGGGGGAGCAAACAAAUGGGGGAUUACGGGUUCGGAGUCCUGGUUCAAAACAACACUGGCAACAAGUCUGCGUUCCCGGUCCGAAUCCACCCGCAUCUGCAGCCCCCACACCACCACCAAAAUGUGUCGCAGAGCCCCGCUGCGUUUAUAAACAGCACCGCCGCCGCGGGGAAUGGCACCACGGCGGGCUCUCCCUGGCUCUUCCCUGCCUCGGUCACCCACGGGAGCGUGCAAGACGAAAUCAUGGGCGGGCCCGAGAAGCCCAAAGUGCAGCAGCAACAAGAAAUGCAAGAAACGCAAGAAAAGCAGCUGUCACCCGGGAGUCACCAGGAGGGCGGUGGUGGCGGAAUAAUUUCAGAACUGGAAAAAGGCCGGUCGGAGGACGGCAAGACGGACAGCGGCUCGCCUGAUGGAAGCACCGGGAAAGAGAAGCAGAUCCGCCUUGAGUCUCCUGUUCUGACGGGCUUUGAUUACCAGGAGACAUCCGGCCUGGGCGGCCCGGUCCAGUCCAAUACCACUUCGUCGUCGCUCACCAGCUUCAACAACUGGUCGGCGGCCAUCCCGCCGGCGCCGUCGACCAUCAUCAACGAGGAUGUCAGCUUUUUCAACCCGGCCUCCGCCAACAAUGGCACGCUGCUGUUCCAGAACUUCUCCCAUCAUGUUAGCCCGGGCUUCGGCGGCAACUUCUCCCCUCAAAUAGGACCGGCCGCCGCCCUUUCGCAGCACCACCCGGCCCCGCCGCCACACCCCCACUUCCAGCACCCCCACAACCAACACCAGCAGCACCGACGCUCGCCUGCCUCCCCGCACCCUCCUCCGCCCUUUCCGCACAGGAAUCCGCCCUUCAACCAGUUGCCACAUUUGUCCAACAGCCUGAGCAAGCCCCCGUCCCCAUGGGGCCCGGCCAACUACCAGAGCCCCUCUCCCUCCCCGGGUUCCUCUACCUCCUGGAGUCCAGGCGGUGGCUACGGAAGCGGCGGCGGUGGCUGGGGCGGAUCUCAGGGCCGAGAUUAUCGCCGAGGUCUCAACGGCGGCAUGACGCCCAUCAACUCCAUCUCGCCACUGAAGAAGACCUUCCUCAACAACCACGUGGCGUCCCAGAAGUACCCUCGCAACAAUCCCGCUGGCUUCAACCCCAAGUCCUGGAUGGAUGACGGUGUCGGCCGCAGUGAUAACAUCUUCCCUUUCCAGGAGCGCACCAGGUCGUUUGACAGCUUCAACAUGAACACUUUGGAGAGCUCCCUGAUCGACAUCAUGCGGGCCGAGCAGGACAACCUGAAAGGUCGUCUGGGGUUCCCUCAUCCAGGCGGGGACAACCCGCUGCCCCUCAAUGCCAGGAGUUAUAGCAGGAGACGAGGCCAUUCCUCCCUCUUUCCCAUGGAGGACGGCUUCCCUGAUGACGAGCGUGGCGAUCAGGGUCUGGCAGGCCUGGGAUCUCCACACUGCUUUCCUCACCAGAAUGGCGAACGCGUGGAACGCUACUCGCGCAAGGUCUUUGUGGGAGGAUUGCCCCCAGAUAUAGACGAAGAUGAGAUAACUGCCAGUUUCCGGCGUUUUGGUCACCUGUUUGUCGACUGGCCCCAUAAAGCCGAGAGCAAGUCUUAUUUCCCUCCAAAAGGCUACGCUUUCCUGCUCUUCCAGGACGAGAGCUCCGUGCAGGCUCUGAUCGACGCCUGCAUCGAGGAGGACGGCAAGCUGUACCUGUGCGUCUCCAGCCCCACCAUCAAAGACAAGCCGGUCCAAAUCCGCCCGUGGAACUUGAACGACAGCGAUUUUGUGAUGGACGGAUCUCAGCCUUUGGACCCUAGGAAAACUAUUUUUGUUGGAGGUGUCCCUCGCCCGCUCCGUGCAGUGGAGCUGGCCAUGAUCAUGGACCGCCUGUACGGCGGCGUCUGCUACGCCGGCAUCGACACAGAUCCUGAGCUGAAGUACCCGAAAGGAGCUGGGCGGGUCGCCUUCUCUAAUCAGCAGAGCUACAUUGCUGCUAUCAGUGCUCGCUUUGUGCAGCUGCAGCAUGGCGAAAUCGAUAAACGGGUGGAAGUGAAGCCAUACGUGCUGGACGACCAGCUGUGCGACGAGUGCCAGGGCACUCGCUGCGGCGGCAAGUUUGCGCCGUUCUUCUGCGCCAACGUCACCUGCCUGCAGUACUACUGCGAGUACUGCUGGGCAGCCAUCCACUCGCGCGCCGGCCGCGAGUUUCACAAGCCGCUGGUGAAGGAAGGCGGCGACCGGCCGCGUCACAUCUCGUUCCGCUGGAACUGAGCGGCAGUGGCGGACAGUAGGGGGAGCAGGAUGGCAAGGUAGUGCAGGAGUCGCAAAAUCAUUUAAUGAAUAAAUGCACUUUUCUGUUGCUGAUUCCUUUUUGCUCAACAUUUUUUAGUUAAUAUUUAUAUUUUCAAAAGAAAAAACAGGAUUUAUAUCAAGUAUGUCCAGCAAGGAAAUAGUGUAACCUGUUUUGUUUUAUUUUUUUAAAUGAUUGUUUGCCCCCCUCCCCCCCCCCCCCCCCAAAAAUAUAGGAAAGUUGAAGUGUGCGAUGGUACUCUGCUAAUCAAUUGGCGUGCUUUCCUUUGUGUAUAUAUAUAUAGAUUUUUUUAUAAAAGCCCCCCAAACAAUUACCUUUUGAUUUGACAUUUUGUAGCAGAGCUCACUUUCGAUUUUCCCAAGACGCAAUCUGAGGCUGGAGUAAAUAUGAAUUGAAGAAAAAAAAAAAGGUGUCGCUAAAGAAGAGUGCACUUCUUUCACAUUCUAGAAUAUACCAGUAUACACUUAGUUGAUAACCAAAGCUGUUUUAUUUGCUAGCGGCACACAACAGAGAAGCCCUGAAAGCCAAACUCUCUUUCUCUCUCUCUCUCUUUCUCUCUCUCAGAAAAAGAUCUCCACACAUAAUAAUUUCGAUCUCCAUCUUGACAUGCAAAAACUAAUACCUCAAACUCAGCUGCUAAUGUGCCGGAUGCAGUUAAAAAAAAAAAAAAGUCACGAACGCCUGCCCGUGUUGUUGUUUUUCCGGGCGGAGCUACGAUGUUACUCGCACACUUUUUGUACUCGCUAGCUUCGUCGUCCCCUUGUUUAUUUUGUAACGGAAACCUACGCGGUCGUGAGCAGAGUGCAUUAUGGGAAUGUAUGGCAAUGGGGAGGCUCCGGGCCCCCCCUCUCUCCCCCUCCUCACUUUUCCAUCCAGAAUCCGACCAUAUUAAAAGAAACAUCACAAAGCUCAGUUCAAUUUAAAUAUGGCCUCCAGCUUCCCUCCAUCUAGCCAAGCUAAUCCUACUCAGCAUGUUUUGAAAGCAUAACUGAAGAUCGUCUGCGACUAUUCACACACACUUGAAAGGCGCCCCCCCCCCCCCCCCCCCUCCUAAGUCCAGCAGGUUGGGGAACCAAAGACUGGCUGUGCAGUAGUGGGUCGCACUGUAGCUCAUUUCCUCUUUAGAAGCCCCCACCCCAGAGAACCAAAGAUUGGCCUUAAAAAAAAAAGAAAACAGUAGUGCAGUAGAAGCCCAUCGGCAGCAAAUGGCGUCAUUAGAAAGACUUACUCCUUGCCCCACCACCCCCUAAAAAUGUGCACAUUCAUUUAUGCAGUGGAAAGUGAGAAUUUUUGACAAAAUCCUCCCAUUUUAGUAGUGGAGGAGUGCAGAGAAAACUUGAUUUUGCUCAUGAGUGAGGCUCCUCAUAUGGCUUUUUGCACCUGGGAUAUUUUCAAACACUUUGUGAAGAAUUUGCUGUUCAAAAUGAGAUAGUGAGAAAAUUAUUUUAAUACACGGCCUGCUGAUUUUUUUGAAACAGUGUUUUCUAGCUAAAUUAUUUUGUCAUGCACAUUUAAGCAUUUAUUAUGCACUACUUUUCUAAAUAUCUGUUCCCCCCUCCCCUCCUCCUUUUAGUUCCGGCAGUCAUUUUAGGCACAUUUUUCACAAAUAUGGGGAAACUCCUUUUUGCAAUACCUCAAUUUUUUCACAUUGUGAAAGGUAGCUUUUGUACUUUUGUUACUGAGAGAUCUGCAUAUAUGGAAAUGUUCAUUUUAAAGAAGAAGAGAAAAAAAAAACACAAAAGAGCGGCGCGAUUUCAAGAGAUAUAUUAUUCUUUUCAAUUAUGCUUUUUAUACAUUUCAGUGCUAAGGACUCUAUGUGCGACGUCACAUCUGCCGAGGAGAGACCAAAGUGUAUCCACUCUCUUGGUCUUCUUAGCUUUUCCUACACGCGAUGUUUCCACUCGGUGAUGACUAGUAAUUCUAAUAGCAUGGCGAGAAAUCAUUUAAAAAGACAAAAAAAAAAUUGUGAUCUUAAAACUCGUUGUUAAACGUGACCUUUGGUCUCCGCACUCGCCUUAUUUCCUCAAAUAGUGGCCGCUCUCCUGCUGAACGCUGUUGAAAGUCUUGCUAAACAAAACAGCAGCACGUACUGAGGCAUAUAAACAGUCUCAAGUACAAAAAGUAAAUAAAGAUGAGUAGUUAGACACCUCCAUGUCCGAAUCCAUAUUUUGGUAAAUAAAGGCCGCCUCCAAGAUACAGUUGAAUAAAGUCCCCAUAAUAGAUCUUUCUAAAUAAAAGCCUCGCCCCUAUUAGACGCAUCCCGAAAGCGACAGUGAAAUCCGGGCGCAAUGUUCAACGCCUCUCCCAACCUGAAGUUGAGUAAAUGCCUCCCCACAAUCUGCACUUAAGUAAAUAAAGACCUCCCCACUAGUCGACAUCUCUUGGCCACUAUAUGAGGAAAUCUGGUCUAGGGGGAGAAUGCAAAAAGAUGAGGUUGGAGCCUCAAAGCUCAAACUCGUAUGACAAGAAUGUGUGUGGCGGCCGUGGCUCAGGCAGUAGAGCGGGUUGGUCAGAAACCGGAGGGUCGGCGGUCCGAACCCAGCUCAGUCCGAGCCACGUGUCGUUGUGUCCUUGGGCAAGACACUUCACACACCUUGCCUCAGGGACUACAGAUGACAAAUAGCCCCUUGGCUAAUUUUGGUGCAUCUACAGAAAUCUUCAUUGAUGUACAUUGUCCCUGUCAAAUAAACAAAAUAAAAGAAUGGAUGUUUGGUGUUUAGAUAUUUUAAUAUUUGAAGAAAAAAAUAUAAAUAUAUAUAUAGUAUCUAUAUUCUUGAACUUGCCAACUAGCACCUAUUGUAAUCCUUAGCAUGCAUGACGACAAAAAAAAUGCGUGGAAAUGAGGUGAAUUAGCUCGGAAAUUAACUGUUGUGGUGUGCACCAAAUGUUUCUGAACUAGACGUCGUUAAGGAGAACCCCCGACCUCAACCCCCUUCCCAUCCUUUCUGUCCUCACUCCCUUACAUAUUGGCAGACCUCAGCAGGGAUGCGCGUAACACAAAAGCGAAUAGGCGAGCGUGAACGUUCCGAACUCAAGCAUCCUACUAGAACACUGUUAAAAUUAUUUAAAAAAAAAUGUGGAUAUAAAAAAAAAAAAAAUGAAGACUUGACCUACAUGGAGGAAGGGGAGCUUAAAGACUUGAAUGUGGUUAAAAAGAAAAGAAUUAAAAAAAAACAAUGUUGCAAGUUAACUUUCAAGUUUUAUGUGCAAUACUUCUUUUGAACCUUUUUCCAGACGAAAGACUCUUUGCAAUGUAAUUCUUUCAAAUGCCAUUUUUAAUUAUUGCAGACAUUUAAUUAAAGAAGAUGUUAAUAUGUUUUUUCAGUCAUUUUCUACUGUUUAAUGUAAUCCUUUUCAUGCUGGUGUUUGUAAAAAAAAAAGAAAGAAAUGAAAUCCAACUAUUUGUACUAAUAUAAAUAAUUGAAGUUAUUUUUAAAACAUUUAAAAUAAGGUUUUUGUGCUCAUUUGCUUAUUUGGUUUAUUUUAAGCUACUGUGAUUGAUUGCAUUGUAAUUACUAGGUCAACAAUGUAUUUAGCUCUUUAUUGGUAUAUUUUUAAUUGGAAUGUAUAAUUGAUUUUUAUAAUUUUGAUCAGAUUUUUGUUAUAUUUUUGAGGUGAAGCUUUUAAUAUGUUAAAGUGUCUAGUUUUUACUAAUUGCUAUAUUGUGCUCCACAAUAUAUGGUUCACAUUUUCUGAAGGAAAAUAAAUAUUUAAAUAUUUGUCUGUUAAUGUUACUUAAUGGCAAGAUUUCAAUAGUUUUUAACUGUGUAUGGGAAGGUUUGUUGUAUUUAUUAAUAGCAUUUUUUUUUUUUUACUUCAGAUACCACCUUAAUUUUUAUUGUCAUUUCACUUUAUAAGUUCCUAUUUUUGUAUUUUCCUUUCUAAUGAUUAAGUUAUGUAAUACGGAUAUGUCCAUAUUUCUAGGAGUUGGUCUGUAGAAGUGCUAGUGAAACGAAAAAGAAAAAUCUAAUGUUAUUUAAUUGUUUGCGGCCAACUAUUUAUAUAACAGUAUGCAUAAUUUUUCAAUAUUUGUAAUGUGAAAUGUUGAAUGAAAUAAAUCUUAACUGUGAUGAA